UCCGGAAGUUGUUCGCCUGAUGCCGGUGACACGGAGCUAAGUCCGGUGGUUCCAUCCGGUAACGUUAAAGUAACGAGAAACAAAGUGUGUCCGUCCGGGUGAACAGGUGACACCGGAUGUGGAGGCGCGUGGAACUCAUUUAAAGUCACAUUUAACGCUGGAGACAAGCGGAAGUACAGGCGGCUAACGUUAGCUAACUAUGUGGUGACGCUAACAGGAAUAGCUCGAGCUCACGGGGGCUGAAUGGCGUCGAGGCGGAGCACCUGGUGGAGUCGACCCGGGCAGCAGUGAAGAUGCAACAUUGAACAAUGUUGUAAUGAAUUGUGGGACAUUGAGUUUUUCGUCUGGCGUCCUCUGACCAGGAUGCUCCAGGGCCCAUACGGCAGCCUGGACCGGGACCGGCCCCUCAUCCGGCUGCCCUUCACCAGCUUCGCUGUGGCCACGGUUCUGCUCCCGCUGACCGGCCUCAUCGCCUGCCUCUUCAUCUCACUCGUGUACCACUAUGAAGACGCUACGUAUACACACUGUCACGUGUCAAACUACCUCCCGUCCAUCAGCGCCGCCAUCAGCCGCAUGCCGGAGCGCUACAUCUGGCGCUGUUGCAUCGGCCUUCACUCUGCACCACGCUACCUGGUGGCCGUCGCCUAUUUCAACUUCUACCGCAGCCGCUUUGCCAAGAGGCUCCUGGAGCUGCUGCUCAGCGGACUGGUUCUCCUCUGCAGCCUCACCGAGAACACGGGCCUGCUGCUGCUCACAUACGUGUCGUCCACGGAAACGUACAGUCUCCAUAAAAACGGAUUCAUCGUGUUUGCAGCGAGCUCGCUGCUGCACAUGCUCAUUACGUGCUGGCUGUGGCAGGUGAUCAGGAGAUACUGUGUGAACCCAGAGGAAGUGACAUCAUACCAAUGGAAGGUGCGUCUCUUCCUGUUUAACGUCAGCUGUUGUCUGGCUGCAGCGUACUUCUUCAGACGCCACAACAAGUUCUGUGAGACCGGAGUCUACACCCUGUUCGCCCUCUUUGAAUACCUGGUGGUGUUCUCCAACAUGGCCUUCCACAUGACGGCCUUCUGGGACUUUGGGAGCAAGGAGGUGAUAGUGGCCACGCCCCCUGAAGACAAACGAUACUGAACUUAACCUGAAGCCUUUAGUCAGUUCGGACGUCGAGCGGAUUCCAGCGACAGACUUGAUGCUCUGCAGAGUUAACGUGUAGUUUGUCAUCUGAUCACAGCAGCGGAUUUAUCAUUCAUUGUUUUCAUGGACUGAUUAAUUCUCAGCAUCGACCAGUGUCAGUGUUUAACACAAGUUCUGAGACGAGACUUUAAACGACAACAAUAUACUCAACAUGAAUCUUCUUUAAUGAUGAGUCGAUGGUUAUCUCCUGUUCAGCAACACAGCAAGUUAACCAAGUGACCUGUGUGUGUGUGUAUUUUUAUAUUGUAUGAUAUGUAUACUUGUGAGGACCAUUUUAAAGACUUAUAGACUUUACAGAGUCAGGACCUUUUUGGAAAGUGAGGACAUUUUUGGCCGAUUCUCACUUUCUCCGAGGCUUGUUUGAGGGUUAGGACUUGGUUUGUGUUCAGGUUAGGUAUUUAGUUCAGAUGGUUAAUGUUAGGGUGAGGGGCUGGACUAUGCAUUAUGCCAAUGAUAGAAGUACAAGAGUGUGUGUGUGGACCUUAAAUCAUUUAUUUUCUCAAAGACGGUUUCUGUUCUCAUCGCAACAUAGACUCUAACAAGUUAGCAAGCUAGCAGUUUGGUAACGUCAAACGGAAAAGAUGUGACUGUUCAGAGGUGUUAUUAACAUUUUGAAGAAAAUCUAAAAUGUAAGCUAACUUCUUGACAUCCAUUGUUUCAGCAAACAGGAAGUUAGCUUUGUUACUGCGGCUCAGUCCAUGUUUGUUUAUCAGGCGACUGUCCAACGUCUUUCAUGCAUCACAUUCAGCUUUUGUUCAAGAGUCAGAAAAGCUUCAGCUGGAGACGAGGGACAGGAAGAGGAAGCUGAUAUCCUGAACUGAAGAGAAUCACAACAACGACACAAACCAAGGGUGACGUCCACCUGACGAUGCUCGUCCUCGUCCAAACGCUUUAGUUCUGCUUCUAACUGCACAUGUUUGGUAGAUUUUCUGUACAAUAAUAACGUGACAUUUUCAGGAGUGUUUGUGGUUUAAUUACUGAAUCGCUUGACAACAUAAAAGCUACUUCAUGGUUUGA